UUUCACUACCCACACUUACCGCCAGGUUGGCAACGGAGGGUGGUCCGUGAAUCAGAUCCCCCCCGACUCUCUGGGUCCAAAGGGUUGAUUGCUAUUCUACCCACAUUUUUGUACAUUGACGUGGGUUCAGGUCACGACCAUGACCAUGGGAAGCCGGCUGUUGGUGGGUCCAAUAUGGGAAAGACAAAGACAAGGCAGAGCGUGUCAACAAGGGUGACUUGUACGCCUACGCUCUUGGAUGAUGUGGACGGCAUAUGCUCGUAUCAGUGUACUGGGCGUCAACAACGUUCAGAAAUAACGUUCAAGAGUCCGAGUUGUGUCCCCCGACGACAAGCAGGCUAGACAGAAAGCGGGACGGCAAAGUAGAUAAAACAGGCACAAUUUGUCUCCGGUUGAGGGAAGGUAGAAGACUGACUGACUGACUGGUCAGGCCGCAAGCCAAUCUCUCUCUCCCUCCUCUUACGAUACACUUACUCCUCCAAUCAUGACUGUCCCCACGCCUAAUAUCGACCUCAAGUAUGCCGAAGAACGCGAGAAGCGUAUCCGGCCCGAGGGCAUGGCCCAGUUCGUCGAGCUCAAGGACGAACUCGGCGACCUUUCCAAGGACCUCUACGUGAACUACGAGGAACUGAGCCGUGACCAGCCGCUCUCCAACGGCCAGGAUGUCAAGCUACUCAUCAUCGGCGCUGGACACAACGGACUGCUCGCCGCUGUCCGCCUCAUCCAGGCCGGCGGGCUGACGGCCGAAGACAUCGUCCUCGUCGACAAAGCCGGCGGCCACGGGGGCACGUGGUACUACAACCGCUACCCCGGUCUGACGUGUGACGUCGAGGGCUACACCUACGUGCCCCUCCUGGAGGAGACGGGCUACAAGCCGAAGCAUCGCUACUGCGAGGGCCAGGAGAUCCGCGAACAGGCUGAGAGGAUCGCCCGCACUUGGAACCUCAAGGCGCAGUUCGGCACGCGCGUCCAGGACCUCUCGUGGGACGACACCACGGCGCGGUGGUCUGUCAAGAUGACCCAAGACCUGGGCCCCAGCAAGCCCGGCAGGGAGCUGUCCGUGACGAGUCAGUUCGUCUACGUGGCCCCCGGCGUCUAUCCCGUUGGCCACAUCCCCAAGCUGGCUGGCUUCGACGAUUUCCGCAAGCACCACAGCGCCUUUCACACAGCAGGCUGGGACUACGCCGUCACCGGCGGCACCCAGCAAGACCCCCGGCUCACGGAGCUGAGGGACAAGAGGGUCGCCGUAGUGGGAACCGGCGCCACGGGCGUCCAGGUCGUGCCCAAGAUCGCCGAGUGGGCGAAGCACCUGUACGUGUUCCAGCGGACGCCCUCGUACUGCUGGCCGCGGAAGCCGGCGCUCACCGACGACAAGACGUGGUCCGAGGUCGUCGCCCAGGGCCCCGGGUGGCAGAAGGCGAGGCAGGAGAACUACAACGCCGCCAUCGCGGGCGAGACGGACGUCGACCUCGUCAACGACAGCUGGACGGCGGCCAAGGGCUUCUCCGUCAUCAGCGGCAGCUCGGCCAACGGCAUCAUCACCAUGGACAAGAUCCCGCAGCACAUGGCCAGCCUGCAGGCCGUCGACGCCCCGCUCUCCGAGGCGCUGCGAAAACGCGUCGAGGAGGAGGUCCGCGACAAGGCAACGGCGGAGAAGCUCAAGCCGUGGUACUACGGCUGGUGCAAGCGGCCGGCCUUCCACGACACGUACCUCUCGACCUUCAACAGGGACAACGUCACGCUCGUCGACACGGACGGCAAGGGCGUCGAGGGGUGCACCGCCAACGGGGUCCUCGCCAACGGCCGCGAGUACGAGGUCGACGUCCUGAUCCUGGCCACGGGGUACACGAACGGCGGAGGCGCCUGCAGCCCCGCGGCGCGCGGCGGGAUGCGCAUCACCGGCCGGGCCGGCCGGGACCUCAACGACAAGUUCGACGAGGGCUGGGAGUCGCUGCACGGGGUCGCGACCAACGGGUUCCCGAACCUGUUCUUCUACACGCCCACGGGCGCGGCCGGGUCGUCCAACUUCACCUUCUGCCUCGACGAAGGCGCCAGGCAGUCGGCCUACAUCAUCACCGAGGCGCUGCGCCGGACGACUGGGGACCCGGGAAAGGUCGUCGUCGAGGUCACCGAGGAGGGCGAGCAGGCCUGGGGCACCGAGGUGGCCAAGAGGGCCGCGUGGUUCGCCGCCUUUGGGAACUGCACGCCGUCGUACCUCACCGCCGAGGGCGACGCCUACAAGAUCCCGCCCGAGAAGAUGAUGGCCAAGGCUCGCAUGGCCAGCUGGGGCGAGGGCCCGAACAGUUAUGCGAGAUAUACUGAGGCGUAUAGGGCUGCUGGAACGCUCGACGGAAUAAAGGUUAGCGCUUAGGUAGAUGUUUGGAUCAAUGGUUAAUACAUCAAUGUGAC